UUCCGGGUGCACUUCCGGCGGCAGUGAGGCGUCGGGCAGUUGCUGCGCGCCCUCUUCCGCUCUCCGCGCUGGACUCCGGCCGGAACCCGCCCCGGGAAGCAGCAAGCGCCCGGUGGCUGGCGCGGGGUGGUCAGGAUGGCGGGGUCCAGCUGGGGUCCCCCGCGGCUGGACGGCUUCAUUCUCACCGAGCGCCUGGGCAGUGGCACGUACGCCACGGUGUACAAGGCCUACGCCAAGAAGGACACUCGAGAGGUGGUAGCCAUAAAAUGUGUGGCCAAGAAGAGCCUGAACAAGGCAUCCGUGGAAAACCUCCUGACAGAGAUCGAAAUCCUCAAGGGCAUUCGGCACCCCCACAUCGUCCAGCUGAAAGACUUCCAGUGGGACAGUGACAACAUCUACCUCAUCAUGGAGUUCUGUGCAGGUGGUGACCUGUCUCGCUUCAUCCAUACCCGCCGGAUUCUGCCUGAGAAGGUGGCUCGUGUCUUCAUGCAGCAGAUGGCUAGUGCCCUGCAGUUUCUGCACGCACGAAACAUAUCUCACCUGGAUCUGAAGCCACAGAACAUUCUGCUGAGCUCCUUGGAGAAGCCCCACCUUAAACUGGCAGACUUCGGCUUCUCACAGCACAUGUCCCCGUGGGAUGAGAAGCAUGUGCUCCGCGGCUCCCCUCUCUACAUGGCCCCCGAGAUGGUGUGCCGGCGGCAGUAUGAUGCCCGUGUGGACCUCUGGUCCGUGGGGGUCAUUCUGUAUGAAGCCCUCUUCGGGCAGCCCCCCUUUGCCUCCAGGUCGUUCACAGAGCUGGAAGAGAAGAUCCGGAGUAAUCGGGUUAUCGAGCUUCCCCUUCGGCCCCAGCUCUCCCCAGACUGCCAGGACCUGCUGCGGCGGCUCCUAGAACGGGACCCUGGUCGUCGCAUCUCCUUCCAGGACUUCUUUGCCCACCCCUGGGUGGACCUGGACCACAUGCCCAGUGAGGAGAGCCUGGCACGAGCAGCCAUGCUGGCGGUGCAGGCUGUGAAAAAGGACCAGGAGGGGGACGCUGCGGCUGCCUUAUCGCUCUACCGCAAGGCUCUGGACUUCUUGGUGCCUGCCCUGCGCUGGUCCUCACAUGAACCACCACUGUUUGCAGACGAAGUGGACGCACAGCGGAAGGAGGCGAUCAAGGCGAAGGUGCGACAGUACGUGUCCCGGGCUGAGGAGCUCAAGGCCAUUGUGUCCUCCUCCAAUCAGGCCCUGCUGAGACAGGGGGCCUCUGCCCAAGACCUGCUCAGAGAGAUGGCUCGGGACAAGCCACGCCUCCUGGCUGCUCUGGAAGUGGCUUCAGCUGCUGUGGCCAAGGAGGAGGAAGCUGGUGGGGAGCAGGACGCCCUGGACCUGUACCAGCACAGCCUGGGGGAGCUGCUGCUGCUGCUGGCAGGGGAGCCCCCAGGCCGGAGGCGGGAACUGCUUCACACUGAGGUUCAGAACCUCAUGGCUCGAGCUGAAUACCUGAAAGAGCAAGUCAAGCUUGCACCCUGCAGUGACCACAGAAAGAUGACUGCACAGACCAUGGGCCACCUGAAGUUGGGGGACACACCUAGGCUGCUGCCCGGAAUUCUGUGGCCCUCUGCAGCCUGGCGGGUAGCCUUCCUGGAUGGGCAACCCUGUGAGCACCGCGUCCCAGGGUCCCUAACAGCCUCAGGAUGCCCUCCACCCCACAAAGGCUCUGAUGGCCCAGCCCUUCAUGGGCUGGGAGCACUGGGUCUGGCCCCAGGGGAGGGAGCAGGCCUCUGGGAGAAGUGUCUCAUGUGACUGUGGUUAACUGGUGACUGCUGGACCCUGAGCCUAUCAAUUUAGGGCAUGAAGGCUCAGAUGUAGCCUGUGCCCACCCCUUUCCUUCCUGGGAGCCCUUAUUUCAACUCGCCUCUGUCCUCGCAGUGGACCAGGGCGCUCAGGGACCCCCCCCAUGGUUUGCACUCAGCCCCACAGAACACCAGUCAUCUUGGAAGCUGAUGUCUGUCCACCCUGUCUCAGUAUUUUAAGUUAAUCCUGCAAGCCAUGAAAAUAAUAUAUUUUGAAGGAUGGGGCAAAUUGAAGAAACUCAUGCCUGUUCCUGCCCCAGAGGGUCUGCGGGGAGGUCCUUCAUCCUCACCCCUCCAGCCUUCAUCUCUCUUUAGGGAGCACCCCUUGUUUUCUGCAGAGCUGGUCCUGGCCUAGAACAGGGAGGCAUGGGGCCUGCCCGACUCAUCAGGUUUUGGGGACCCACUAACCCAGGAGACAUUUCAGGACUGACACGGCUGCCACCCCAGCCUGUGCCCUGGGCAAGCACCUUUCCUUUUCUGGGCCUGGGUCUUCCCAGCUCCGUUGGUGUUGCUGUGAUCUCCUAACCCCUCCCCCCAUGUGGGCUUUUAGGAGUACCAAGUGACUUCCAUCUGGAGAACAAUGUAUAUACCUGGAGUGACUUGGGGAUUUGUUUUUAAAACUCUGACUAUUGGUGAUUUCUAACCUUUCCACCUUUCAGUGCCUCCUGGGGCAAGGGUCGUCUUUUCUGCUCUGUCAGAGGCCAGUAUGAAGUGUAUCAUUUAUUGUUUCCUUAAUAAAUUAUUUUUUGAA